AUGGCUGUCACUGCAGCAAAAUACAUUGCCGGCGCCUGUGCGGUCGCCGUUGGUGGCAUAGUGGGCUUCAGUUACACGGACCCCACCUGGACGCGGCGCAGGUUUGACACAAACAAGUGCCCGCCGCUGAAGUACGAGACUGUGCCGACGCGCGAGAUGUGCGUGCAGGCACUGGAGGCGCACAGCGCGUCGACGAACCCGCUUGACGUGCUGAUCAUCGGCGGCGGAUGCGUCGGUGCUGGGUCUGCCCUGGACGCAGUGACGCGCGGCUUGUCAGUCGGCAUGGUAGACAAGGGCGACUACGCUGGUGAGACGAGCAGUCGCAGCACGAAGCUCAUCCAUGGCGGUAUCCGCUACCUGCAGAAGGCUGUUUUUCAGUUGGACCCUAUGCAGCUGAAGCUUGUGGCCGAGGCAUUGCGCGAGCGCACAAUCAUGAUCCACCAAGCUCCCCAUUUGUGCCACAGCCUGCCAACGCUGGUGCCGUGCUAUCACGCGAUCGAUGUUGGCCUGUAUUGGUGUGGUACAAAGAUGUACGACCUCCUGGCCGCUCUCUAUGGCGGCACCCUAGAAUACUCUGGUUUCCUCUUCCCCUACGACGCCAUGAAGGCUUACCCAAAACUGAGGAAGACAGAUCAGGACAACAACGUCCUCCUCGGUGCUGUUCGCUACUAUGACGGGGAGAUGAAUGAUGCCCGGCUCUGCUACUCCGUGGCCAUGACGGCAGCUUGCUACGGCGCCGCUACGGUGAACUACGCCAAGGUCAAACAAAUGGAGGUGAUUAAGGACGAUAAGGGCGAUGAGUUGGUGCGCACCACCAUCGAGGAAACCAUCACGAAGAAGACAAUCAAGGUGUACAGCAAGUCCAUCAUCAAUGCGGGUGGCCCCUUUAGCGGCGAGAUCGAGAAGCUCGCAAAGAGUGGCGAAAAACAGCUUGACAUGUUCCCCGCCUCCGGCACGCACAUCGUGAUUGAUCGCAAGUAUUGCCCAAAGAAGCACGAGGCGAUGGUCGUGCCGUCGAACGACGGCCGUGUCGUCUUUGCUGUUCCGUGGCUCGGCGGCUGCAUGCUUGGCACUACAGACCACAAGUGCGAAGUGCAGUCCAACCCGAUGACGUCGCAGGCGGACGUGGACUUCCUCCUUGAAAACAUAAAGCCCUUCAUCGGCGACGUCCCCCGAGAGGCAGUGAGAUCCGCGUGGACCGGCAUUCGCCCACUCGCAGUUCCAAAGGAACAGAAGCUGAAGGGCGGCGGUACGCAGAACAUCGUGCGUGAGCACGUCAUCGCGGUUGAUCCUCAGUCGCACAUACUGAACAUCACCGGCGGGAAGUGGACAACUUACCGUAAGAUGGCAGAGGAGGCGUUGGACAACCUGCAGAAGACAAUCAUGAAAGACAAGGUUGACUUCAAGCCCUGCUGCACCAUGAAUAUGGUGCUCGUAGGCGCGCGGAAUCUCGAUAAAGUUGCGUCCACUGCCCCCUUGGGCAUCCCCGAGGACGUGCAUAAGCACUGGCGCUCGAACUACGGUGAUCGCUACGAGGAGGUCAUGGCUGUUGCCGCGAAGGACGCUAAACUAAUGAAGCGCCUGGCAAAUGACUCACCGGUGGUCGAAGCCGAGGUUGUCUACGCGGCUCAGAGAGAGCACUGUGAGCACGUCAUGGAUUUCAUCGCCCGCCGCACCCGGAUGGCCUUUGUGAAUGUGGAGCAGGCGGAGCAGGUAGUGCCACGUGUAGCGGAGCUCAUGGGGCAAGUGAAGGGUUGGGCUCGCUCGCAGCGCAACGCCGAGGCGGCCGCCGCCUACUCUGCCCUGGCCUCCUUUAAGGGUACCUAA